AUGCGUAAGUAUUCAUUGCUUGAUUAUGAUAGCAUACUUUAUGAGGAUAUUUGGAUUGAAGAAAUUACUUCUGGCAAACUUUUAGGUAUCUUACUCGAUAAAAAUCUCUCCUGGGACAACCAAGUGGAUAAGAUAUAUAAAUACCUUAAUUCCAGGCUUUAUCUGUUUAAGCGUAUUUGCCCAGCCCUUCCACUGAAAUGUAGAAUUAAGUUUUACUAUGCUUUUAUCUACCCCCAUUUACUUUAGGCAUCACUAUUUGGGGCAAUGCACGCCAUGAGCUUAUCGACCCUUUGCUUAAACUUCAAAAAAGAGCAGCCAGAUUGGCUUUGACGAGAGUAUGUCAACUCCUUCUGUUGAUCUGUUCCGCAAACUGGAAUGGAUUCCCAUCUACAACUUAAUUAAUAUGCGAAAAAUUUUACUCGUUGUAAGCACCUUGCGCAGCUCAUCUCCUAGUGAUCUGCGCGAGUUGUUUUGUUUCUCUGGGGCAUCGCACGAUGUACAUACUCGCUCCUCUGUUACUGAUCUCAAAAUACCAUCUGUCAAAUCUAAUCUUUCCAAGACCAAGCUCUCAUACAGUGGUGUUUUACUUUUCAAUUCUUUACCAAAUGACCUGAAAGUGUUUAACGAUUACUCCCCGUCUGCGUAUAAGCAUAAAGUUAAGAGGUUUUUCUCUAAUCUUAAUCAUGAGGUUGCAUGACCAUCUUGAACAAUUUUCGUGUCUUUCUUGCAAAAACCUAGUUAAGUGCAUUUGUUAUUCGCACUGAAUUUUCUUUUAAUUUUUAAUUACUUAUAUUGUCAAAACUAAAAAAAGCAACAUUAUGCAUGCUUAGUAAUACAGUUAUUUUCAUAUUUGGUACUAUAAGUUGUAUAGUCCCAUGUGCUGUGUCAAAUGCAACUAUAUGCAUGUUCUUGCUUCUUUGUAUAUAUUGUAAAUACUGUAGGUUAUCUAAUUUUUAGAGGGCCAUUUGGUAGAAUACCUUCAUAGGUAAAAAUGUAUAUUUACCCUCAUCAAAUAAAGUUUAUUAUUGUUAUUAUUAUUACAGUUUCCAAAAGUACAUUGUCUAAAGCAGUGAGACGGCGGCUUCCAGGCGGCGAAUUUACGUUAAAGAAACUCGGGCGUAUUGUACAGGAAAGAUUCACGGUGCGAAAUAUGGCAUAUACGCAACUAUUUCUUAUCUUUAUCAGAAAGAUCCGUAUAAGAUAAAGUUUUUCGACGAGUGUGGCUUGAAGCUACCUUCUGCGUCAAACCGAAAUUAUGGGCAUGCACUACGAGGUGAACGCGCUGUUGAGUUUUCAAGAUAUUUGGAAACUGCAAAUGUCACAGUAAACUUAAUGGCCUCCAUGGCUGGGGUAUGUUACGCAAAUACCGUCGACGGUCCGGCUGAUACUGUGGACUUUCUCAACUUUUUUGAGGAAGCUUACAACUCAAUCGAUCCCAUAACAAAUGAACCUUGCCUCAAAGCGGAGGAUAUUAUAGUUAUGGACAAUGCGCCUACACAUCAUAACGCAGGUGGUCAAAUUCUUAGUGAGUUCUUGCAAGAGCUUGGUAUUGAGUUGGUGUAUAUGCCGGCUUAUUCACCAGACUUCAAUCCAGUUGAGAACGUAUUCGACAAACUUCGAACACUAAUGAAGUACCAAUUUAUACACGCAAUCUGA